AUGCACCCCCCAGCGUCACGUCCAGCGUUGAUCGCCGCCGCGGCUUUUUCGAUGUGCCUGCGGCGAUUCGAAAUGCGCGUCACGAAGGCGCGGUGCAGCGACGCGGCGGGCGCGCUCCCUCAGGUUCCUCGGGGGCGUACUGCGCAGGUUCUGGCGUUCCGGGGUAUGGAGCUUGCUGCCAAGCGCUACUCGACAGCGUUCUGUGAACGACCGAUCAGAGCGUGGAGAGAGCACAGUCCGGCUCGGUCAUCUGUUGUAUUAGCGCGGCUGCUUGCAGAGGACGCGGUUGCUGCGGAGGUGCGGAACGAUUACGAAGCUGCCUACGAGCGGUAUUUCGCUUCGGCAGACGCUCUCUUCCGUGCCGUACAAGUUUUGGAAGCGUGCCCCGAUGAUCAGGUGCUGACUAGUCAUGAUCCGGUUGGUGAAAGAGUCCACGGUAAUGACUUUCAAAAAGAGACCCCAGAGCGGGCGCGGGGCUCAAGUCCGCUCCCCAGUGAGACGUUGCGCACGCUCUGUUAUCGGCAAAUCGAAGCGCUCAUUGCGCGCUGCGAAGCCAUUCGAGAGUACCUGUACGCGUCUGCCAUGGCCAACGAGGACGCAUCCGACUCGUCGCUUGAUGAAAACUUUCUACACAUUGGAUAUUCGCCUGGAGAGAAGCUGCGCUCGGAAAAGCCCCGUUGUACCGGUAGCGACAGCGGAGACAGAGAGCAGGUCGGAUCUGCACUUCGCCAGCGCCUAGAAGCGUGUCGAGCGAUGCAGGAGGCGCUUGAGCAGAGUCGCUCGGCAGCAUGGCUCAUGGAUGCCACCUUGCUCGUUCAGCGGAAUCAUACGAGCGCCCGCAUUCCGCUGCAGAAAAUCCCCGAGCGUGCCGUUCCGUCGGAAGCAGCGCCAAAGCGAAACCUAGCAGCGGGAAAAUUCGAUGAGCGCUGGAAUCUUGUUCCAGGCUCUGAUCCCGUCCACAUCUCUUCUCCGGGUGACGAAGCGCGUACACCGUCACCAGCGCAGCGCAGGCUCGCUCGGGGACUCGCUUGGAUGCAAUCACCGAGCACGCCAUCCGAAAGCGAUGCGUCUAGUGCGACAGCAGCAGUACCAGCCGCAACAGCUAGUGCGCACAGCAGUUUCGUGUCUCGUACACCGCAGAUACUAGCGACGACAACGGUCGAGACGCCUCGCCAACGUACGGAACCGGAGCGCCUUAUCGCAAGAUCGCCCAGUGAUGCCCGUCAUGAAAGUUACGCGACAGAGAGCAAUCUUUCUCACGGGACGCAAAUGACCGCUUCAUAUCGCUCGCGAGCUGUGAAACCUACGCUGGUGGACGAGCGGCCGCCCACAGUGCCAAGCCCGUCCGCCUCUUCAGCGCAAGCAAUCCACCGCCAAGCAACCAAACCGGAGCAAGACGUCAGACAAAGCACGCGGGGGCAUGCAGCGGCGCGAGCACCAGCUGCAUCCGCAGCAUCCGACGAUGCUGUGAGAGGCAACCGUUCAUCAGCAAGCCCCAGUGAGGCUUCGGAAAUCCGCUGGCCCCAACGCCUGGAGUUUGUCUCCUCUGGAGAGCGUUCACUGACGCCAGAAAAACCACGCACACGAACAGACGAUGCACAUGUCGCUGCAAAUUCAUUGGAUAGCGAUAUGAGAUCCUUUCGCACGGCGCCGGAUGAACGGAAUCCGGAUACACCAGCCGAGCGCACCCUGGAUGUGGCUGCAUCUGGUUGCUCGGGAAUCGUCCCGGACCCCAGUGCCGGAGACGAAGAUAUUCUCGUUCAUACGCAAGCAGCAGCAGCAGCAGCAGCUGCUGCUGCCGAAGCCCGUCUCGUUAUUCAGCAAGAGCUCGCUCGACGUUUCCAGGAAAUUCGCCAGCAGCAGCGGGAGCAUGCACAUCCCGCACACCCCGAGCAACAGCAGCGGGAACAACGAGACCGUGCGACUGAUCAGCAGCUGGAUGUACGAGAUACCUCGACAGUGGCAGCAGCAGCAGCAGCAGCCCCGUCGAUCCGUACGGAUCCGAGCGUUUUCGAAACGACUUGCUCGUCGGAGUGGUGCUCAAACCAGUCCUCCAUUUCCCGUUCGCGAUACGAAGCGAUGAAGACGCGUGUAGCACUCAUGAAAGAGCGCCUCGGCAAGAUGAUGCUCGCGGGCACCUGCUCGACAACGAUCGUCAUGAGUGCAGCGCCUGCCGAAGAUGCCACCCGUUUCCCCAGACACGAAGCACCACCCAAAACGACUGCUGCUGCAAUGCAGACACGGCACACGGCGAGUUCGCCAAGUUCCCUCGGUGCCGCAUCGAAUGCGCUUCAGCUAAGUCAUGCUAUCGUGAACCUCCAUGCCGGUACAUUCGGGGAGUUCAAGCGCCUCGAACCGCUGCCAGCACAAGCGGCGACACGCUGGAGCAUGGAAAUCGACUUUCUGCUAUCGCCAUGUGAGCAGAUCGUCGUUCGUACGCCAGUCAGACGAACACUUCCAGACGGAACCAGUGUUGAAGUGUUAGAGAGUCGUCUGCGCGCAGAUAUCGGAGAGCACCUUCCACGACUACGCAGUUUGGAUCAUGCGAUCCGAGAAAUGCUGCGUUCCUUUCGAGAGCUCAGCGGUGUGCUUCAUUACGAAUCAACGGCUACUCGAGGACCGGACUGGUGGAUUGAACGCCCACGAGUUCCCACCGAGGGCCUAUCACCAGGCAUCCGAGCGUUGUUGCAGCGCUCGUUCGCCGAGGCUCAAGAUAUCCAGCGCGUUGCUCGCAGCAUUAACGAACAGGUCUUGCGUUCGAUACCUUGUCCAACCCGCGAGUAUUCCUGUAGCUGUUUCGGGUAUGAUCUCAGCGAGCUGACCAGCGCUUGGUCGCUGACCCCACGGCGACGUCCGCUUAUUCGCGUCCGCGAGGUGCUUGGCCCAGACCUCUACGAAGCAGUGACCAAGAACGCCGCCUUCAGUGCCGUUGCCUAUGCUCGAACUGCCGUGCUCCGCUUGUCAACGGAUGCUGUGCUGCCGCUGGGCGUCGACGCGGAUGCACAAAACGCAAAACUAACCCAACUGGUGGAGCGUCUGGAAAGAGCCGAGUUUGUGUAUCGGCUGAAGAUUGACAGACUGAACCAAGCAAGUCGCUUUGGGAUUCCAUGGCGCCGGGAGAAGCUCGAGCGUUGCUAUGCUGCACGUCGUCGGUGUGAGCGAGGUGCACACGCUUUACGGGAGAUAUUCACGGGGGUAGGCCAUACAACCAGAGAUCAGUGUGCCAUUCGUUACAAUACGGAUGUGGGCACAGCGAUUCUCGAGGCAUACGCCCGUGUUCUGGAACAUCGGGCUGCGGCGAUUGGCAAGCGCAUUCGACUGGUACUAGAAGCGGAUCAGCGACAGCAACAGCAACUACAACAACAACAACAUCAACGGCUGCGGUCUGGACGAGCAGGUGUGUCCCUGCGAGCAUCAGGGUCGCGGCUGGAGCUUUCUAGUACGCAGCGUGCCGACGCUUGUAGCAGCAGCAGCAGCAGCAGCGGCAGCAGCAGCGGCAGCAGUAGCAGUGGCUAUCCUGCGAGCGACUUGCCGCCGCCGCCGCCGCCGCCGCCGCCUGCACUUGUGGAACGUCCUCGGACGAUGCCAGCGGGUCUCUUUGCUCGCCAGCAUCGCAGCAGCGCCUGUCGCUCGCACCACUGCCACGCUGAGGAGCUCACCACCGAGGCCAGCGUAUCGCAAGGCAUGCGUUGCGGAGCUGCUGUUUCAGCGAACAAGGCAUCACGCACUGAUCCUCUCGCUGCCGUGAGAGACAGCGGCGCAGAGACGCUUCCGGUGCGACGCACGACGGCCUUGGCACUGUGGACGAACGCUCACCCGCCUGCACCAGAGCAGGCUAUCGACACCAGUCCUGCAUGUGGUCGGUCGGUGGUAUCGAAGCAGCGAACGUCUCCAGAGACGGCAUCCGAACAUGAGCGACCUGCAUAG